AGUUGGAUCAGCAUUUUAAAUUCCUCCUUACUUCCCAAUCCAGCUAGUAAUCAAUAUUUUUCCGAUCAAUUUUUUAGUCUUUCCCGGCCGGCCGGCCGGCCGAUGUACAGUAUUUUCAGUCCGCAGUGAUGCUGUCACUCAAUAGAAGAAUGAAUUCAACCGCACCAAAUGAGCCCCUUUUACCCACAGAAGACACAGUCUUGGAGGAAAAGGAAGAAUCAAAAUCAGAAAAUUUGGUGAAACGAACAUGCCAAGAAUCAAAAAAUAUAUGGGAAAUAGCUGGACCCUCCAUUUUCAACCGAUUGGCCAUGUUUUCUCUUACUGUCAUCACUCAAUCCUUCGCCGGACACUUGGGUAACCGUGACCUCGCCGCCAUUUCCAUUGCCACCACCCUCUUUAUCUCCAUUACCUUCGGAUUCUUGUUGGGAAUGGCAAGUGCACUGGAGACACUGUGUGGACAGGCUUAUGGCGCAAAGCAAUACCCCUUGUUGGGUGUAUACUUGCAACGUUCUUUGGUCGUAUUGUUCCUCAGCUCUCUAGUUCUAUUUCCUCUUUUUGUGUUUGCUGAGCCUAUACUGGAGCUUCUGGGGCAGCCAGAAGCAGUGGCUAAAUUGACUGGAAAGGUUGCAAUUUGGCUUAUCCCUAUGCACUUGAGCUUUCCUUUUCAAUUUACAUUGUUAAGGUUCCUGCAGUGCCAGCUAAAAACAGUGGUAAUCGCUUGGGUUUCUGGUGGGACACUUGCUCUUCAUGUGGUUUUGUGUUGGAUUUUUCUUUAUAAAUUGGGAUUUGGUAUUGUUGGGACUGCCCUUAUUCUUGAUUUCUCUUGGUGGAUUUCUGUGUUGGGGCUUCUUGCUUAUAUUGUUUUUGGUGGGUGCCCUCAUUCUUGGACUGGUUUCUCUAUGCAAGCGUUUGUUGGCCUUUGGGAUUUUUUCAAGCUCGCUGUGGCUUCUGGGGUGAUGCUAUUGUUGGAGAAUAUUUAUUUUAGAGUGCUAGUUAUAGUGUCUGGGCACAUGAACAAUACGGAAGUUGCAGUCGAUGCGCUCUCUAUCUGUAUUACUAUCAUCGGAUGGGAAUCCAUGAUUCCACUAGGAUUUUUGGCAGCAACAGGGGUACGCGUUGCAAAUGAGCUCGGAGCUGGAAAUGGAAACCGUGCAAAGUUUGCCACAAAAGUUGCAUUGUUAAACACUUUAGCAUUGGGAAUUUUGUUUUGGUCAAUUGUUAUGGCCUUUCCUGAUAAGCUUUCUAUGAUCUUCACCUCAAACACUCCUGUCAUUAAAAUGGUGGGUGAAUUUGCAUUCUUGUUGGCAACCACAAUUCUCUGUAAUUGUGUUCAACCAGUUCUUUCAGGCGUAGCAGUUGGAUCCGGUUGGCAGGCACACGUGGCAUAUGUUAACUUAGGCAGUUACUAUUUAGUAGGAGUGCCCCUUGGUAUCUUUAUUGGAUGGUCACUAAACUAUGGAUUAACGGGCUUAUGGUACGGUAUGAUCACGGGGACAGUAGUUCAAACCUUGAUAUUAGCGAUUAUGACCAUCAGAUGUCAAUGGACCAUAUAAAGAGGUAUUCGAAACUCACUUGAGCAGUCCCUCCAAUUGCUCAUGUGCUCGACGAUGGGAUCUGUCACAUGGAACUAGAUGCUUAUUGUCAUGUGGACUCUGCAGCAGUCUGACCAUGCUCAUACUGUUUUUUUUUCUUUAUUCUUUUUGGGACGGAGGAAUAUGGUAUAGAAAUGAAUCAAAAGAACAGAGAAUUAGCAACAGUUUUUCAUAAAUGUAUUCAAUUUUUUGUACAACUUCUGGUAUAAUUAUGAUGUCUAUCUCUGAAAGAGAAUGUGAUCUUUUCUUAGAGAAUCAGAACUAGAUGAACGAGACAAAUGAUUAGUAGUUAGUUCUUUAGUUUUGAUUAUUCAUUUGGUAAUGGAAAGUGGUUAUCUUAUACCUGUCAAAGACAUAGUUAUCUCUUUGGGGUUAUACAUAUGUUCUAUUUUCCAUAUAAAAUUUCUGAUAGAGCGUUGCUGCUUCUUUUUACCCCUUUA